AUGUCAGACACAGAGACACCGGAGCAGUCUGCUUCGACUCCAACGCCCCAGCCGACGCCCAAGGCCAAGGGCAGAGGUAGGGGACGGGGCAAGAAACCCGCCGUUCCUAAGAAGGAACCCCCAAAACCCGUCCCAGUGGCUGGAACUGGUCGACGCGGCCGCUUCAAGCAGUUCAGCGACGACAAAGUCCAGGCGUGCUAUGAACGCCAACGCGAGCUCAAGGCUCAAUAUGCAGCUCUUGCUAACGCCGUAAAGCCUGCUCUGCAGGAUCUGGCUAGUCGCUCCGUCAGGAAACUGACCAGAGACGGCGAGUACUACACCCAGGUGCCAGAGUUUGACGUGGUUAAAAGCCACCUCCAACAGCGCUUCUCGACCAGACUUGAUGUCGCGGAGAACAAGCUCGCGAUUGAUCAGAAGAUGGUCAUCAACUCCAGAGAGGAGCAGCGCAAAGCAGUACAAGAGAUUUUUGAGAACGGAUUUGAAGAACUUGAAGACAGAUUUUUAGAUGCGCAAAUUCAUCGCCUCGACAUUCUGGAGUAUCUUCAUGAUCACGGCCUGCCAAUUGACCUUGUCGACGGUGGCUGGAACUACAAGCCCAUUUCUGACAAAGAAGCGUCUGAAUUUGGCAUCUAUGAAGUCUACAUUGACGGUCAUCUUGUGCCUUACCCUCAACUGGUCGAGGGAACUGAAGCCUACGCUCUUCGCCAGGCUGCGUGGGCAGAGCCUCAACAAAAAGAGGCGGCGGCAGCACCCACCGCCUCUGCACCACGGACCAAGCGCAAGGCCAAGGACCAGCCCGAUGGCCAACCCGCCUCCAAGCGCACCGCAGGUGAUGUCGCGCCUGCUAAUCACGUGGCGGGCAUCAUGUCGGCCCAGCAUGCUCCAGUAGAGGACGAGUCUAAUGAGAGCACGCCGGUUCCUGAGGGGCCGGUUACUGCCGACCAGAGAGAGCCUGCGCUGCCUGCAAAGGCGUCGGAGCCGGAUGAUUACGGCUGCAGGCAGGUCAACCGCCCACCGGCCAAGAACGGUGCCAUGAUUGCCAACCGUAUCAUCGUGCCCCCAACCUUUCAGUUUGACGAUGAUGAGAUCGGAUAUCGUGACUCGACCAAUUCGGCGAAGCAUGGCGCCACCGUCGCCAAGCGAGGCAAGUACUUUGGUAAACCCAACUCCAACACCUGGCACUACGACCCUCUUCUUGCGCGAUGGGACGCUCGUCUUGUGGAAGAAGACGACAUGGACAAGGAGCUUGUAGAAAAGUUCGCUGUUCACCCUCGCUACGGCUACUUCCUUCCCACCAGCAAGAACGAGGCUGAGCCACCAAAGCCGGAAGCCAACCCAAUGCAUCCGACUGUCUACCUUACUCCGUCCGGCCAGACAAUUCAUGCUUCCCGUGUUAUUCCUGUCGCGAAGGUCGAAGCUGCCGUUCAGGACAAACCUUUCCAGGACAAAAUGUCAUCAAUCCUCACAGCUGUUUGCGAGGCGAACGACAUUACAGAGGAAGAGAUUGAGGGAGAGGAGCUCAAGCAGCUCAAGGAGAUAUCGGCUGAGUAUGCUGCGCAGAGAGCACAUGCUGAGUCAAUCAAAGAGUCCAUGAGCGUGGAGGAGACCCCUGCAGGCUCUCCUCUGCCCUGCAACGAUUCCGCUCUCAACAUUGCUGGUCUCGAGGAUCUCAUCAGCGCCGCCGACGCAGUUGAGGCAGAGCAGAAGGAAACCAAGCCUGUCGAAGAGAAGCCGGUCAUAGUUCAGCCUCCCACUCCGGCCAGACCCACGACUCGUGCAUAUGAUGCAAUUCGAGAUAUUUUUGGUGGUUCCGAGCCAGCUGUCACUGAACCUGCGACUCCUGUUAUUCCCCAUGAGACUCUGGAUACCUCGGCGCUGUUGGUUCUUGCCGGCGCCUCCACUGGCGAGUACCAGCCUCGACCUGUCGACAUCCCAAUGGCUGAUGCACCCCCCGCCCACGCUGCUCCAGCCGAUGGUCAACCUCACCACAUGGAGCCCAGCUAUCCCAUGCAAAGUACGCAUGCUGACUCUCAGAUGACGAUUCCUCCUCCCAGCAACUCUGGAUGGGUUGAACCCCGUCUUGCCUCGCCCGGACCAGACCGUAUUCACCCCUCUAUCGAGCACCAGAGCCAGCUGCCUCCAGCUCGCCCGGUUGAGAUGUCGCAAAUGAGAUCAUCGAUUGAGCCUUCCAACGACAGUCGUCGUCACUCUAUGUACCCCGAGCAUAAUGCUCCUCCUCCCUACUACGAGCAGCAUAUGCCACCGCCCCAUCCACAGCAACAUUACAUGUCUGUGGACCCCAUGAUCGACCCACGCCUCUACUCUGCACCCAUGGAAGCGCCGCCAGCUGGACAUCAUGAUUACCACAACACCGCCUACAACCAACCCCAGCAACCGUACCAUAUGUCGGCUAUCCCAAUGCAAGGAGGACCGAUGCCACCCGCCCCUUCGCAACUUCAACAAUCAGGCUCCACAUCUCGAAUGCCUUUUACCAACCCGGCUCAGGAUAGAAGCUCCCCGCUUCCUCCUCUGCGCCCGUCUCGCGGCCGCAAGAGCGCUCCCGCUGCGCCAGAGACCAUGUCAGCUGAGCAUCAACAGGCCCAACAGCAACCGCCUCCCCCUUAUAUGAGCAGCAACAGCGGGUCCUUUUACCCUCCUGGUCCACCGAGACCUUAUCACAAUGGCUAUACCAAUGAGCAGCCCGGCAUGUCCAUUAUGGCACCGUAUCCUUCGUAUGGCGGCUCACAGCCUCCUCCACCCCCACCCCCACAACAAUCUUCUUACGGCCCCCCGGGCAUGUCUCCUACCAAUGCGUCCGUCGCGCCAGCGCAGAGCCCACCUUCGCUGCAGUUCGUUCAGCAGCAGCCCAAUGAUCCUGCCUCGAACAGCCGUGCUGGCAGUGGCUCGUCGACGCCAAAUUCUGCUGCCAACAGUCGAUACCCAAAGUUGGCACCAGCCCCCAUUCCUCCCCACCGGGUUGGCUGGCCCACAGGCCCUGAGCUUCGGACAGUCCAGUAUGACUAUAAGGAGAACAUCAAGGACUAUGCACCGACCGAGCCCCCGCCGCGUCGUGGCCCCGUCCAAAUCCGUGGUUGGAAUAUCAACAAUAACAAAAUUCAGCGCCAGCGGGCGGAAGAUAACGGAGACGAGCGUCGAAGCUCUCGCUAG